GCCUCCUAGUCGAACAGCCUUUUCCAUGAGCCUUGGAGAUGGAAGGCGAAGCGAUUGAAAAUACGGAUGGGGUGGAGGUUGUGGAGCAGGAGGUCAAGAGGCCAGGUAUAAUAACGAAGAAAAUGCUAGUCAUGUCAAGUAUGAUAUGUGGAGGCAUUGUUUUUCUUCUUUGGGCAAUGUUAGGAUUUCCUAGAAAAUUUAAAAAUCCAAAGAUAUUUGAAGACAAUACAUGCUCUGAGGAUGAAACUAUAUGUCCAAAAGCCUGGAACCAAAUCCGUAAUAAUUGCUUCUUUCAAUCUGAAUAUGAAAAAACUUGGAUAGAUGGCCAAGCAAACUGCAUAGCCUAUCGUGGAUCUCUGGCCAUAUUCAACUCCAAGAAUGAAGUGGAAUCUUUGAUGCCUUACCUGGGACCUUCUUCAUAUUGGAUUGGACUAAAGAAACUAAAUGCAAGCACACCCUGGAUGUGGGCAAAUGAAGAUGCAUUCAACAAUUGGUUCAAAAUUGAAGGAAAUGGAACGUGUGCCUUCAUGUUUAAGAAGGGCAUAAGCAGUGCCAGCUGUGAUGAUGCAAUAAAAUAUAUAUGCAGCAGAGAAGCCCUUUUAUUUGCAAAACUUUCAAAAUGUACCCAAACUAUGGAAUGCUCAGGCAAAUGGAUUGGAGUAGGAAAGAAGUGUUUCUAUUUUUCUGGUGACACCAAAAAUUGGACAGCCAGUAAAAGAUUUUUCAGUUCACAGGGAUCAAAACUUGCUCAUAUUGACACACAGGAGGAUAUGGAAUUUUUGAGGAGACAUGCAGGAACUUUUAUGCACUGGAUUGGAUUGAACAGAAAACAAGGAGAGUCUUGGAAAUGGACAAAUGACACCACACUCAAUCCUUGGUUCGGAAUUAGUGGGAUUGGAUCUUUUGCUUUUCUGAAUGCUGAUGGAGUCCAUAGUUCUAGGGGAUUUAUUGAUAUCAAGUGGAUUUGCAGCAAACCUAAAUUUUAA